AAGCGAUGUGGAAAAUAACGGUUUCCAUGGAGAAACCACAGUCGUCGAUCCUCUCUGUCUCUCUGCCAAUUGUGGCGUGUCUUUUCUCUCUUGCUCCUUUCUAAGGCCCAAUCUCAUAAAUAAUCUCAUCUCAUCUCAUAUUCUUAUUAUCUCAUAAAAAACGAAGACUUCUCUCUCUCUUUCCCUCUUGUUCUCUCUCCUUCUCUUAGGUUAUCGCAGUCUUCGGUGCAGGAUCGCUCAUGGAAAAUGGUGAUAUAAUUGAUUUCAUCUUCUAUUGGUGAUUGCCAGAUAACUUAGAAUGAAAUAUGUUUAUUGAGUGCGAACAAGGUGGUGUUUUGCUCAAUACCGGUAUAGUGUUUUUUUGAAUCAUAUUCCUUUGUAACCAUGGCUGCUGAUCAGAGGAGAAAACGGUUAAAUGGUGCAAGCAUUGUCAGUUAUGGUUCCAGAGAGCAACAAAGGGCUAAGAGAAAAAAUUUGGGAUUGAUGCAGCAUGACUUAAGGAUGAAAUCUCACAUCACUGUUGAGUGGGACAGUAGUCAGAAAAGGGUUGUUGCCAAACAGGAACAGAUUGGCAUCACCUGGAGACAAAUGAAACCAUUUUUCAAUUUUGUAUCCAAUGAUCACAAUGUCCUGGCAGAUGUGUUGACCGUACCUAAAGAAUUCUUUGACCUGGAUAAUUUAAAGGAAGUGCUUUCAUAUAAGGUUUGGAAGAACCAUCUUUCAGAAAAUGAGAGAAACCUUCUUGUGCAUUUUCUUCCUCAUGGCUUGGAGCCACAUCAAGUUGUGGAAGAAUUACUUGCUGGGAAUAACAUUCACUUUGGAAACCCCUUCUUGAAAUGGGGUGCUUCACUUUGUUCAGGUGAUCUUCAUCCUGAUGUAAUUGUUGAUCAGGAGCGGCAUCUGAAGUCUGAGAAGAGGGCAUACUAUUCACAGUUGCAUAAUUAUCAUAAUGAUAUGAUAGGAUUUCUUGUUAAGUUGAAGGAAAGAUGGCAAAGCUGCAAAGAUCCAGAAAAGGAUAUUGUGCAGAAGAUAUGGAGGUCAAAGAAUGUAGAGAAAAGAGUGUCCUCAAAUGUGAAUGACUUGAAAGUCUAUGAUCAUGAUGGAAAUUUUACAGUUACAUCUGAGUCGUGUUCCUGGGAUGCAGAGGAGAAGGAAUUUAGUUGUGACAAUCAAAUUUUCUCAGUGAAAAGGGAUGAAAAACUCCAAAGAAGCAGGGUGCUGGAAAUAGGCAGCAUGAAAGGUAAAUCUACAAAUUUGAUGGUUUCAUCUGAUGAUGUGCAUAAUGUUGGAGAGAGGCUUAAGAAAGGGGACAAACUGUCCAAGCGCAAUAUUCACUCCACUGACGGUGACAAAUACAUGUCGUGUAUCAAGAUUAGUAAGCAGCAGCAUGAACUUGUUAAGAGUAUGAAGCAGUCUGGUAGAAUCAUUCAGUCUAAGACCCUUAACCGUGUUUUGGGCAACCUUGAUAACAUUCAUGUGCAACCAUAUGAAGUUUUUGUCAAAGAAGAACAGAAUAAGUUGCAUGAGCAUUGGUUAGAGUUGGUGAACAAAGCCCUUCCUGCAGCAUACGCAAAUUGGAUGGAGAGACACAGACAGAGACACGCAGUGAUAAAUUCGUUGCUGGUGGAGGUGAAGGAAAAAUCUAAUCCACUCGGCGAGGAAGAGGACAGUUUUAGCCCAGCCAGCGAGCUUCAGGAUAAGGAUGAGACUAACAUGAGCUCCGGGGAUGAUCUUCAAGAUCAGGAUGAAGCAAACACGACAUCAAGUGGUGAGCUUCCGGAUAAGGAUGAGGAUGACGUGACAUCAGGGGGUGAGCUUCAGGAUAAGAAUGAGGAUGACAUGAAAUCAAGCAGUGGGCUUCAGGAUUCGGGUGAUGAUAAUACAGCAGGUAGAAAGAUUCAAGGUCAUGAUGAGGAUGAUGUGAGCUUGGAGAAUGAGCUUCAGGAACUGGCAGAGGAUGAAGUUCAAAAUGAUAAGUCUAGCCUGAAAGAUGAAGUUUCUGUUGCAAGGACCCCAGAAAACCAAUCCCCACAUGACACUUAUGGUGGUAGGAUUGACGAGUUCAACUCAAUGAGUAUGAAGUUAGAAAAGAAUUUAAUUUCCCCAACAUUGGGCAAUGCAUCACAAAAUAAAAUAGAUUAUCCAGGGGAUAAGAACACGCGGGAUGUUUCUAUUGAUGAAGGACGCCCUUUCAAUUCUAGCAGUGAUGUAUGGCAAGCAGUUGAAAUGCCACAUCCAUUCUUUGAUACUGCUGGGACCCAUGAGUACACAACCCAUGGAUUAUCAUUGGCGAAUCCUAGAGAGAAUGAAGAACGAGCUUGUUUGAUUGACCUUGAAGCUGGGUUACAUCAGGAAGAGACUGGUAAAGAAUUGUUACACAGACAGUUACAUGAUCAAACCUUCAGUUCUUACCAAAGCCAGGGUCGAAGUGACUUGCUUCAAUCUUUCCUCAAGGGAGAUGGUGUGAUAUCCUAUCAUCAUGAGCAAAAAGGAUCCGAAAUGAACUUCCAGGCUUCGAACAAUGUUAUAAUGGGGGAUAGCCAAUUAUCUAGCCAUUUUAAGGACCCUUUGCAGACAUCACUGUCUUUGGACCAGGGGCAGAGGAGAGCUAAUGAGGUUUACACAUCAGAAAGCAUGCCACAGAAUAUUUAUUCCAAUGGAGGAAGGUACUUAGUCCCCAGGCAAGCUCGGUUAGUUCCCGGGCAAGAUUCAUUGGCCGCUGUAAAUAUGCCGGAUUGGAGCUCCAAUACUGCUCGCACACCUUCCCAGUCUCACUUAAAUACUGCAGAUUUUAGUGGUCAUCAUUGGUUUCCUGCUGAUCAAGUUCAUGGUGGCUGGAAUGGAUCUGAUGGCAGCAGUAUUUCAAGUCACAGUCUUGGCACUGCAACAAACUCUGAUCAGAGCUUAUUUAGUAUUCUAUCACAGUGUAACCAGUUACAUCCGCGUAGCUCUUAUGAUUCGUUCCGAAACACUGAUGACUUUCUAGCACAAAGACCUUAUGGAGUAGUAGAUACUGAUACCUCCAGGACCAAUGCUGUUGCUCCACAGGCUUCUCAUCCGCUAGAAUACUUCAGUGGACGCGAGGCACCUAGUAGUGGCCUGGUACCUGAUGAUAUGGCAUGGAUGAGCUUGCCACAUCAGAAUGAUCAAAUGGGAAAGCCAUACUUGAGAUCUUGGAAUCGGUAAUGAAUGUUUUUUUACCCAUUGGUGGCAUUGUGAGAUGAAAUACGCACACCCAUGUGUGAUUGUUCUUUGCGAGUAAAGCCACAAGCUGGGAAGAUGAGAUAGGUUUGUGUACAUACAAGACCGAGUUCAACUCAACACCAUGUACAUAUCUAAUUAUUAGACGAGCAGGAAAGAAGGCAAUGGGGUAAAUAUAACCUUCAAGAAUUUCAGCUUGUUACUUUGGAAAGUUUUACAUAAUUUUAGGUUUUUUUUUUUCUUAUUGUCUUUUUCCCCCUUUGUUUCUGGAGAGGUAUUUUUUAAAAAUAAUUUUGGAAGGUAAGAAAUGCUGGAGGCUGGUGCCUUUCUCAGUUAUAAUUUGUUGCUCACAUCAAUAAUUUCGUCCUAUAUUCAUAAUGCCGAGACAACAAAUGUGCUUGAAAUAAUCGCCUAAUUUGUUCUUUUAUAAGUUUCGCUAAUUGUAAUCGACUAUUGUGAAGAUAACAUUCAAGAAUUACAACUGUUGUUACUUUGCCAAGUUACGUUAUAUAAUUGUCGUAUUGCUUUUGA